AUGGAGAAUGGAUCAGCGGUGACAUCAUUCAUAUUGAAUGCAUACAGUGAAUUUGAAGACCACAGAUAUGGAUACUUCACAAGUUUCCUGCUAUUGUUCAUCAUUUUGUUAUUAACUAAUAUAAUUCUUAUCACAGUAAUUUGCAUUGAGAGAGAUCUCCAUGAACCCAUGUAUUUCUUUGUGUGUAAUUUAGCUGUGAAUGGAAUUUAUGGCACUAUAUCUUUAUUUCCAUCAGUACUUGCUAAUUUAGUGUCUAAUACUUAUGUGAUAUCACUGUCUGCUUGCCUUUUACAGAUAUUUUGUAUACAAACAUAUGGUUCAGUUGAAUUUAGCAUUUUAGCAGUCAUGGGCUAUGAUCGGUAUGUUGCAAUUUGUCACCCAUUACACUAUCGGCAAUUAAUGUCUCAUAGAAAAGUCUGUGCACUUAUAGCAUUGUCCUGGAUUUAUCCGUGUGUUGUUUUUCUAGUGUAUUUUCUAUUAUCUGUACAACUUACAUUUUGUGAGAGGACCAUAGAAAAGGUGUAUUGUAUUAAUUUUGAAUUAAUCAAGCUGUCUUGUUUUGAAACUUAUAUUCAGAACAUAGUAGGCCUAGCAGUGGCUUUUUCAGUAAUUGUUCCGCAGCUGCUCAUGAUACUAUUUUCCUACGCACAAAUACUCCGAAUCUGCCUCAAUGCGUCAAAGGAAUCUCAGGCCAAAGCCAUUCAAACCUGCACCCCUCACUUACUGGCUGUAAUUAACUAUGCAAUGGGAGUCCUGUUUGAAAUUAUUUCAAGUCGUUUCAACAUGAGUCAUGUUCCACAUAAAGCUCGCAUUUUCAUGUCCCUACAUUUUGUGAUAUUCCCCCCAUUGUGCAAUCCUGUUGUUUAUGGGAUUACUAUUCAAGCUAUCAGGGUUCAGAUUUUCAAACUGUUUGCUACCUGCAAAAAUAAUUUAACACAACAGCAGGUGAUGAUAAAGUAG